AUGUAUGGAACUUCUUGUGCACCGUUCUUGGCAAAAAGAGCUCUACUAGAAGUUGCUUAUGAUUGUGCAGAUAAAAACUCAAAGUUAUAUCAGGUAAUAAAAAAUGAUUUCUAUAUGGACGAUUUGAUGACAGGUGCGGACUCCAUAAAAGAAUGUGUAAACAUUCAAUUUGAAAUCAGUCGGCAGCUAGAAAAGUUUGGAUUUCAUUUGCGAAAAUGGAUGGCAAACGAAAAGCGAAUUUUAGGUGAAAUUUCGGACUCUGGAAACAGUUAUAUUAUUAAAGUAGAAGACGGAGAAGCUGUUAAGACGCUCGGUAUACAAUGGGUGCCGAAAUCAGACAAUUUUACCUUUUACAUCGAGUCAGUAGAUAGUACUAACAUAACUAAACGCAAAGCACUGUCUAUAUUGGCUCGAAUCUAUGAUCCACUUGGAUGGUUGACACAAACAACAACAAUGGCGAAAUUAUUUAUACAAAAAUUAUGGCUUAUGAACUUGACGUGGGAUACGAAAUGGAUAUCAACUUUAGCUGACACAAGUUUAGAGCUUCAUGGAUUUGCGGACGCUUCAGAGAAGGCUUAUGCAGCAGUAGUUUAUGCUAAAACUUCUAAUGCUAUUACUAUGCUAACAGCAAAGUCUAAAGUAAAUCCGAUAAAAAACAAAAAGACAUUACCCAAGCUGGAGUUAUGUGGAGCUCAUCUGUUAGAAAAACUUAUGAAAAGCAUUAAGGAAGUUAUAAACAGAGAAGUCAAAAUAUAUGCUUGGAGCGAUUCAACAAUAGCAUUAUCAUGGAUCAAGAACGAAAAUAAAACUAAAGAUAAAUUUAUUGGGACUCGUGUAAGAGAAAUCAAGCAAUGCAUGCCUUCGGCAACGUGGAAUCAUGUCAGGUCAGAAGACAAUCCAGCGGAUGUGGCUUCAAGGGGCUUGAAACCAGAAAAACUUGCAGCACAUAGUUUAUGGUGGAAUGGUCCUACAUGGUUAAAAGAUGAAUCAAACUGGCCAACAGCAACUGAAUCUGUUCUUUGUGCAACAAAUAAUAUAAACUCUUCACAGAACAUAAUCAACGAUAUAAUAGAUCGGUAUUCCAAUUAUAGGAAAUUAUUAUACGUCAUUGCAUAUAUAAGCAGAUUCAUCAGAAAGCUAAAAAAGGAGAAGUUUCCUGUGUGGUUGACAGUAGAAGAAUUAAGGGAGGCAGAAAAUAUUAUAAUACGGCAUACUCAACAUUUAUAUUUCACAAAAGAAAUCAAUUUGAUCAAAAACAGAAGAGAACUUCCAUCUGGUUAUAAAAUUUGUAGUCUUUACCCGUUUCUGGAUAAAAAUGAAACACUGCGAGUCGGAGGCCGGUUAGAAAAUUCUCCAUUCUCUUUUGCUACAAAACAUCCAAUACUAUUACCAAAAUGUCACUUAACGAUGCUAAUAGUUGAUGAUUAUCAUAAAACUACACUACAUGGCGGUAUAAAACUAAUGGAAAAUAUGUUGAGGCGGCAAUAUUGGAUAAUUAAUGCUAGAAAUAUUAUUAAAAGGUAUGUUCGAAGCUGUGUUAGAUGUAUACGAUAUAGCGCUACACAGUUAAUGGGGAACCUACCGGAAAGCAGAGUGUCAAUAUCGAAGCCAUUUGAGCAUGCAGGAAUAGAUUAUGCAGACCCCGUACAAAUGAGAGUAUCAAAAGGAAGAGGUCAGAAAUCAUAUAAAGGUUAUAUAGCCGUUUUCAUUUGUAUGGCUACGAAAGCAAUCCAUUUAGAAGCUGUAAGUGACCUGUCAACAGAUGCGUUUCUGGCUGCCCUUAGAAGAUUUUUCGGUAGAAGAGGCAAAAGUUCGCAUUUAUAUUCAGAUAAUGAUACAAAUUUUGUCGGUGCUGCUAAGAAAAUAGAUGAUGAAUAUGAAAAAACUAUUAGAAAACUUUCAUCACUUGCUGGGACGAUGGCAGCGGAAAAAAUUACAUGGCAUUUUAUUCCCCCUUUGGAGGAAUCUGGGAGGCUGCAGUCAAGUCGAUGA